ACACACACACACACACUCACCUCAACCCCCUCCCUCCCUCCCUCUCUCUCUCUCUCUCUCUCUCGGUGGCGCUUUGCCAUUGCCGACUAUACAAUCCAACAUGGAGUGAACGCGGAGCGGCGAUGGGGCUCGCGCGGGGCCGUCCUCACCGAGAGCAGCUCGCGACUGCAGCCACGGCGUUAUCGCCGAGCGCGCGCUCAUCACAGACCAAAGACUCCGACGUCCGCGAUACCAUCAGGCUGGAUUAGACGGUGUCGCGCGCUGGUUAAAGUGCAAGACGAAAAACAAACAAACAAGAAGAGGAGAUUUAAAAAAAAAAAAAAAAAACCCGCUGCUAUACCAUAUAGCUUAGAAGAAAGAAACUGUAGGGGGGGGAUACACCGAGAGGCCGUAUCGGUGGGAGACAAAAUGGAGCCUGGACGCUGGUGCGCGCGCGCUCUGGGAUGUUAUUAUUGUAGGUGAAACGAGGGAGAUAAAAUGACCGAGGAAUCGCAGCCAGACGAUGACGACUACCUGGUGCGCGUGAAGGCAGUGGUGAUGACGAGGGACGACUCGAGCGGUGGUUGGCUGGCUCAGGAAGGGGGCGGGCUUAGCCGGGUGGGCGUGUGUAAGGUGGCUCCAGCCGAUCUGGACCUCCUUGGCCGUAACGGGUUCCUCAUCUAUGGAGAGAGACUCCGAGACAAGCAGGUGAUCCUCAAGUGCUUCCUGAAGAAGGACCUGAUCUACAUUAAAGCCACUCCCACGUUCCAUCACUGGCGAGUGGACAGCAUGAAGUGCGGCCUGACGUUCCAGAGUCCGGCGGACGCUCGCGCUUUCGACCGUGGCGUCAGGAAGGCCAUCGAAGACCUGACUGACGGUUCCACCACGUCCUCGUCUACUCUACAGAACGAGACGGAGCUGGGAGACGACGAUGUCUUCACGACUGCCACAGACAGCUCGUCUAACUCGUCGCAGAAGAGGGAGCCGUCGUUGCAGACGCUCGCACCGAUCAGCUUCUGUGAAUCGCGUCACCACCAGUGCAUUCUGGGACAUCUCUACAACCAGCACAGGCACUCCGACCAUUACUUCCUGGACCAGGCGGUGCCGAUGUUCCCCCACGUUCCUGUGAACUUCCUGGAGGAAGAGGAAGAGCUUGUGCGCAUAAACCCGCGUGAGCGCGCCUGGCUAACGGGCUACGAGGACUACCGUCACGCCACCACGGCCGCCCACAAACUCCUGCGCCCGGAACCCACGGACGCUUACGUCUCCUUCGCCAAGAGCGAAGUGCCCAAACAUGACUACACUUACCCGUACCCUCACCGGCUCUCUGAAGACAACGGUAAAUCGGGCAUCAGUGGCGGCGUGGUGGCGUGCCAGCCGCGCGGCCCGUGGCGCACCGAGGAGGAAUGUGUGCGCUGCGUGUACUGCCGGGACGUGUUCAGUCCGGCACAGAACUGGCGCGGGCAGUGCCGGGAAGCGCCCGACCCUGUGGUGGCACUCAUACGACGUGUGAGCUUCAUGUGGUGCGCCGACAGCCUGCUGUACCACUGCAUGGCCGACGCCGAAGGCGAGUACUCGGAGCCGUGCUCGUGCGACCCCAGUGACGGGCGUCUCGUCCUGCGCUGGCUCGCGUUGUUCGGCCUGUCGCUCAUCGCACCCUGCAUGUGCUGCUACGCACCACUGCGUGCCUGCCAUCGCUGUGCCGUCGCGUGCCACUGCUGCGGUGCCCGACACAAGGCUGCCGGCUGACACGGGCAAGAAAGUCAACGCAGACGGACUUGAACAAACGUCAGACGGUGACUUUCUUUUCCCCAGGGGUUUUGUUUUCUCUGGACACCUGAUCUCCUGAUGUCUUUAUCAGUUAUUUUUGGUGCCAUUCAGCUUCUAUGCCAUUAACAGUACAUUCAUUUAUAUAGUCAUUAUAUAUAUAUAUAUAUAU